UGGAGCUCUUCCCAUCCUCACAAUCCCAAAACCCCUCUCCCCUUUUCCACUUUUUUUUCUCCAUUAUCUUAAAGAGCAUUCUGCUCUCUUUGAGUUUAUCAGAGAUUUUAGCUGAUAAACCAAAGGCCACAUUAAGUUUUCAGUCAUAUACACUUUGCACAGAAUACACACACACACAUAAAUAUAGCAGCAGGAAAUAUCUGUAUACUUCACAUUGUCUUGUUUUCUUGCAACCCAUUUGAUUUUUUUCAUCAUUCUGGGUUGGGAUUAUAAUUUCUAGAUGGAGAAAUCUUUUGGGCUUAAAUUUUCAAUAGCAACCCUGCUUUUGGCUGUUGGUAUUGUUCUUCCGACGGCUUUGGCCGGCCAUGACUAUGGCCAAGCUCUGAGUAAGAGCAUUCUGUUUUUCGAAGCUCAGAGAUCUGGUUACUUGCCAAGCAACCAAAGGGUCCAAUGGAGGGGUAAUUCUGGCCUCAGUGAUGGUAAAGUUAGUGGGGUGGAUCUUGUGGGUGGAUACUAUGAUGCAGGGGACAAUGUCAAAUUUGGGCUCCCUAUGGCAUUCACCAUCACUAUGAUGUCUUGGAGCAUCAUCGAAUAUGGAAAUCAAAUGGGUGGUGAACUUGGUCACGCCAUUGAUGCUGUUAAGUGGGGCACUGAUUAUUUCAUCAAAGCCCACCCACAGCCUUAUGUCCUCUACGGAGAGGUUGGAGAUGGGAACACAGACCACUACUGCUGGCAGCGGCCGGAGGACAUGACCACUUCGAGAGCUGCUUACAGACUCGAUCCAAGCCAUCCAGGUUCCGACCUCGCCGGCGAGACCGCCGCCGCCAUGGCCGCCGCAUCCAUCGUUUUCCGCCGCUACAACCCUUCCUACUCGGCGGAGCUCCUCAAACACGCUCACCAGCUCUUCGACUUUGCGGACAAAUACAGGGGCAAAUACGACAAUAGCAUCACUAUAGCGCAGAAGUACUACCGAUCUGUUAGCGGAUACGCAGACGAACUGCUGUGGGCAGCAGCAUGGCUCUACAAGGCGACAAACAAUCAGUACUAUUUGGACUACCUCGGCAAAAAUGGCGACUCCCUCGGAGGAACUGGUUGGGCAAUGACUGAGUUUGGCUGGGAUGUCAAGUAUGCCGGCGUUCAGACAAUAGUUGCAAAGUUUCUGAUGGCAGGGAAAGGGGGAAGACAUGCGCCGGUGUUCGAGAAGUACCAGCAGAAGGCAGAGUUCUUCAUGUGUUCGUGUCUAGGCAAGGGCAACCGCAAUGCUCAGAAGACUCCCGGCGGUCUAAUCUUCCGACAGAGAUGGAACAACAUGCAAUUUGUCACCGGGGCUUCGUUCCUCGCCACAGUCUACUCCGAUUACCUCACGUCCGCCAGAAAAUCCCUCCGGUGUUCGAACGGCGCCGUUUCCCCUGCUGAGCUACUCUCCUUCGCUAAAUCUCAGGUGGAUUACAUUCUUGGCGACAAUCCCCGGGCGACGAGCUACAUGGUCGGGUACGGUAACAACUACCCGAGACAAGUGCACCACAGGGCAUCCUCCAUUGUGUCCUAUAAAAUCGACCGAAACUUCGUCAGCUGCAGGGGAGGCUACGCGACAUGGUUCAGUCGAAAAGGAAGCGACCCGAAUCUCCUUACCGGCGCACUCGUCGGCGGUCCCGAUGCUUACGACAACUUCGCCGAUCAACGAGACAAUUACGAACAAACAGAGCCCGCCACUUACAACAACGCCCCGAUGCUCGGAAUAUUGGCGAGACUCCACGGCGGCCACAGUGGCUACAAUCAGCUCCUCCCCGUCGAGCUUCCCGAUCUUAAUUCAGCUGCUCAUAUCCCAAAACCCGCAAAAAAUCCAUCUCCCGAUACUGAUUCCAGCGGCAAUGCAGCUCCCGGCGCGAGCCCGAUUGUGGUGACACAAAAGGCGACGAGCUCGUGGGUUUUGGAUGGGAAGACUUACUACAGAUACUCGGCGAUAGUGACGAACAAAUCGGGGAAGAACGUGAGGAACUUGAAGCUAUAUGUAUCGAAGCUUUACGGGCCUCUGUGGGGUCUGACGAAGUCGGGCGAUUCUUACUCGUUCCCGUCGUGGAUCGACUCGAUGGCGGCGGGGAAAAGCAUCGAGUUCGUGUACAUUCACUCGGCCUCGCAAGCGGAGGUCGCGGUGUCGAGCUACAAGCUCGAUUAGUCGUGGAUUGAUCGACGGCGAAUGCUGUGCAGCUACACACUUAAAAAAAAUGUUAUCCCUAUUGAAAGUUAAUCGGAGUUUUUAAAUAUCGACUGCGGCGGUGGAGAAUAAGGUGGACGGCAGGCGGCGGAGGACGAAAGGAGCGACGAGACGGUGUAAGUAAACACGUGCAGAGUGCUCAUCCUCUUUCUUCUCCAAGAUUAUAUAUAUAUAUAUAUAUAUGUUGUUCGCCAUGGAAAUUGGAAGGUAAUGUAAUGUAUUGUAAGGUUUUUACAGAGAGUGAAAAUAUGGUUAUGGAGUGUGUGUGUGAGAGAGAGAGAGAGAGAGAGAGAGAGAGAGAGAAGAGCAGAGCAAAGCAGAAGGGGUUGUGGUUCUUUGCUGCUCAUUUGCUAAUUUAUGUUGUAGUCUUUGCAACAUUUCUGUUUUCUUUAUCAACUAAAUAUAUAUAUAUAGUUUGCAUUAUAGUUUAAAA